GGGAGAGCCAAGGAUGUUCAUCAUCAUUAUUGUUUAAUGUUGUGCUGGACAUGCUGGCUAUAACAAUAAAAGGAAAAAAAGAAAUGGAAGGAAUUAGAACAGGCAAGAAGAGAAAACUCUUCCUCUUGGUAGAUGAUAUGACGGUGUGCACUUACUGGAAAUAAACUGAAAGAUUAAUCAAAACCGCUAAUAACUUCAUGAAGGUUGCAAGAAAGAAAACAAACUCACAAAAAUCAUCGGCUUUUUUUUUUUUUAAUAUGCUACUAACAAAACUCAUCAGGGAGAGCUAGAAAGAGAAAUUCUAGUUAAAAGAACCAGGGAAGAACUUACUAUUUCACAAUAACUGUUGGGAAAAUUGAAAAUUAAGCUGGCAGGAAAAGGCAUAGACCAGCAUCUCACACCUCAUAUCAAGAUGAGCUCAAAAUGGAUAUAUGAUUUAGACAUAAGGGAAAAAGCAAAAUGGUGGAGUAUGGAAGAAACUAUGUCAGAUUUCCAGGUAGGGGAAGAGAUCAUGACCAAACAAGAAAGUGAGAGUUUCCCAAAAGGUAAAAUAGAUAAUUUUAAAGUACAAAAAUCAUUAAAUUAAAGUUUUUGCACAAACAAAAUAAAUGUAGCUAAAAUUAUUGUUUUUAAAAUAUAUUUUCAUUUAUUUCAUUAAAUAUUUCCCAAAAAUGUUGUUUUAAAUUUUCUCCUUCCUUCUUGACCUUCCCCCUCUUGAGAAGACAAAUAAUUUGAUAUUAAUUUUACAUGUAAAGUUAGGCAAACGUAUCUCCAUAUUUGUUUUAAAAAAAAGAAGACAAAAAAAAGGAGAAAAAUGAAGAAAAAUUUUAAAAAGGUAGGCUUCAAUCUGUACUUGGCGUUCAUCAGUUUUGUCUCUAUAGGGGGACAACUUUUUCCGUCAUGGUUUCUUUCAUUACUAUCUUGAGUCAACACGGCUAAAAUUAUAAGAAAAGAGAAAAAAAAUCUUUGAAGCAAGUUCUUCUGAUAAAGGCCUGAUUUCUCACACAUAUAAGGAGCUGAGCAAAAUUUAUAAGGAUAAGAGCUAUUACCCAAUGAAUAAAUAAUUAAAGGAUAGGAACAGUGUUCACAUGAAGAAAUCAAAUUUAUCAAUAGUCACAUAAAAAAAAGUUUUAAAUCGCUGAUUAGAAAAAUGCAAAUUAAAACAACUCUGAGGUGCUAACAUUGAUCAGAUCGGCUAAUUUGAUAGAAAAGGCAAAUGUUAAAUAUUGAAGAGGAUGUGGGAAAACUGGGACGCUGAUGCAUUGUUGGUGGAGUUGUGAACUGACCCAACCAUUCUGGGGAGCAAUAGGGAACUAAGCCCAAAGCGCCAUCAAAUUGUAUGUAUCCUUAGAUCCAGCAACACCAAUACGAGGUCUGUCACCUAAAGAGGGCCAGGAAAAAGGGAAAGGAUCUCUGUACAAAAAUAUUUAUAGCAGCUCUGUUUUGUGGUGGCAAAGAAUUGAAAAUCCAAGGGUGGAGUGUCAGUGGGGACCGGCCAGGGGAUGGAACAGAACGCUGCUGUGGAAUAGGGCUGGUGCCCUGUAGCAGCAACACUGGGUGACCCCCCAGGUCAGACAAGGCUGAAGACCCCAGACCGUCCCCCUCCGGGGGGGGGGCUGCUCUGAAGGCAGAUCCAUGCAGAGGGUGUUUCUUCUGCUUGGCUCCUCUACAGGUGUUUGGGCUUUCUCGUUAAGGGCGGGGUGAGGGAAGCAAGAACCUAAACCAUGAACGUGAAACAAAAUUGAAUUUUUAAAAGGAAAGGAGGGGCAGCUGCCCCCUAAAUUCUCCCCCCACCAAGCUCGAACCCGCCAGCUGCUGCUUCGUGUUCUUGAUUGUUAAGGGCGUCGAGGCACAAAGCUGUGGGGGGCUGAGGUGGGGCUCAGAUGGGGCUCGCCCAUCAUCUUAUUGGUGAGAAAACAGAUUCAGAGGGGAGGGGGCAAAUGUGGGGGGUCAAUGAGCCCCAAGCUGAGGAGCCCUCACUUCUACAGCAGCUGGGACUCCUGGCUCUCCCCCAGGGAUUUUUCUGACAAGGAAUCACUGACUGGUAGGACUGGGAGACUCUAGAAUGUGGAAUGGCAGGGCUGGAAGGGGGCUGAGAACAGGGGGUGUCGGGGCUGGGAGGUGGCUGAGAACAGGGGGUGUCAGGGCUGAGGGGGCUGAGAACGGGGGAUGUCAGAACUUGGGGGGCCUUAGAAUUGAGAAUUGGGAAGGUCCCCAAGCUCCUGAAGGGGGUUCUGUAAUCCAAAUCACCCAGUUCACAACGGGGGGUCCUGGGUCUCAGACAAGAAAAACGGGCUUCAGUAGAGGCUCAGCUCCCUGGGGGCCUCCCCUGCUUGGGGCCGUGCCCCCCUGUCCGGCUCCUCCCCCACGGGGCCUCCAGGCUCCUGGCCAAGUGGGCAGCUUGCCCUGGGCAGACGGGCUCACCGCUCCUGUGCUGACUCACGGGCUGAGCAUGGGGUUGCUGGGGUCCCUGCGCGGGUGGAGGCUCCUGGACUACAAGACAGAGAAAUAUGUCCUCACCAGGAACUGGUGGGUGGGGGCUCUGCAGAGGGUCCUACAGCUAGGCAUCCUGGGAUAUGUAAUUGGGUGGUCCCUGCUCCUCCAGAAGGGCUAUCAGGAGAAGGAGUCUGACCCCCGGGUCUCCGUCAUCACCAAGCUCAAAGGCGUCUCCGUGGCCCAGAUGGAGGCUCUGGGAAGCCGCGUGUGGGAUGUGGCCGACUACACGAAGCCCCCCCAGGGAGAAAACGUUUUUUUCCUGGUAACAAACUUCCUCGCUACCCCGGGGCAGGUGCAGGGCAAGUGCCCAGAGCACCCCUCGGUGCCCCUGGCUCCCUGCUUGGCUGACGAAGACUGUCCUGCGGGAGAGACGCUGAGCCACAGCCACGGAAUCAAAACCGGGAAGUGCGUCCCCUUUAACUCAUCCUACCAGACCUGCGAGAUCUGGGGCUGGUGCCCCGUGGAGAGCGGCCCCGUGCCCAGGUCUGCCCGCCCUGCCUGGCCCUGGGGCCUCCCCCCGGGCAGCCCUCCCCCCCAAGCCCCUGCUCCGGGGAGCCCCGGGAUCGAGUCCUGCUGGGGGAUAGCGGGCCUCCUGACCUGUCUUCCCGUCUGUAAAAUGGGGAUACCCAUAGCCCUUUGCGCACUAGAAAGGGACAAGGGAGCAGAAAUCCCUGGGCAGGGUCGGGAGACGGAGAGACCGGGGCUCCCUUGCUGGUUGUCCCGGGGAGCCUCCCGCGUAAAGGGUGGGAAGCCCCCAGGAGGCGGGGCGCGGCUGCCGUGGGUGGGAGGGGAGGCCCCGAUGGGCGGUCUUGGGGCCUCCAUGAUCUUGGGGUCCCCCUCCCGAAGGAAGCCCCAGCUGCUGGAAUCGCAGAACUUCACCCUCUUCAUCAAGAACUCCAUCACUUUCCCCAAGUUCAACUUCCUCAAAGCCAACACCCUGGAGACGCGGGACGGCGGGUACUUCAAGCGCUGCCGGUACCACGCCCUGGCCAGCCCGCUCUGCCCCGUCUUCCGCGUGGGGGACGUGGUGGCGGCGGCCGGAGGGGACUUCGAGGACCUGGCCCUCCUGGGGGGAGUCGUGAGGAUUCAGAUCACCUGGGACUGUGACCUGGACCGCCCGGGCAGCGAGUGCCAGCCCCGCUACUCCUUCUGGCUGCAGGAGAAGGGCCACAACUUCCGGGCAGCCGUGCGCUGGUGGAGGCCGCCAGGGAGGGAGGCCCGCAGCCUCUUCAAGCUCUUUGGGAUCCGGUUUGAGAUCCUCGUGGCCGGCCAGGGACCUCUGCCGAGGGAUCAGCCCGGGCUGGGCUGUUGCUGGUACGCCCCCCGCCCCCAGCCUCCUGAGCAGGGCCCAGCGGGAGGCCCGAGGGCAGCUCCCCCCGCCUUGGGGAGGCCGGUGUCCCGAGGCCCGUCUCUUUCCCAGGCCGGGAAGUUCAGUGUCAUCGCCACAGGGAUCACUCUGGGCACAGGAAUGGCCCUGCUGGGGGCGGCCACCUUCCUCUGCGAUCUGCUCCUGCUGUACGUGGACCGACAGGCCCCUUUCUACUGGGGGGAGAAGUAUGAGGAGGCCAAGGCCCCCAAGGGCAAAGGGGGACCCGAGUCCACGCGGGCCUCCGCACUCGGGGGCCGGGAGACGCCCGGGCGAUCUCGGGGAACAGCGGGCCAGGCCGCUGGCGAGGGGGGCCCGGAGGCUGCCAGGAGGAGCCCGCCCAACGACGGGGCCGCGCCCCGGGGCCUCCAAGGCUGUGACUCGUUCCUCGAGAGCCCCAGGACCCACUGGGAGACCCCGUGACAACGGACACACCCCGAGCAAGGAGCCCGGCUCCUCCUUUCUUGGGGCUCCCGGACCUCACUGCGCCUCAGCUUCCAGCUCUGCUAAUGGGGACAGAUCUGGGGUGGCCCCCCGGAGGCUGUGGCCGUCCAUGGGCCCUCCCUUUUCCUCUGACUUGGGGUGCCUUGAAACCCGCCCCUCUGCCUGUCGGGUUGUGCCGGCCCCUGCAACAAGGAGAGAACGUCUCUUCCUCA